AUAGAAGCCAAUGGGAAGAUGGUGAUCCCUGGCGGAAUCGAUGUCCACACUCGCCUGCAGAUGCCAUACAAGGGGAUGACGGCUGUGGACGAUUUCUUCCAAGGAACGAAAGCAGCUCUGGCCGGAGGAACUACCAUGAUCAUGGACCAUGUGGUGCCAGAGCCUGAGUCCAGCCUGGCAGAGGCGUUGGAGCGGUGGCGGGAGUGGGCCGACGGGAAGGCCUGCUGCGACUACGCGCUGCACGUGGACAUCCCCCGCUGGAGCGACCGCGUCCGGCAGGAGCUGCACACCAUGGUCCAAGAGAAAGGAGUGAACUCCUUCAUGGUGUACAUGGCCUACAAGGAUUUGUACCAGGUGUCGAAUCUUCAGCUGUACGAGAUAUUCAGCUGCUUGGCAGAGCUGGGCGCCAUAGCUCAGGUUCACGCUGAAAACGGGGAUAUAAUCGCACAGGAGCAAACCAGGAUGUUGGAGAUGGGAAUAACCGGCCCCGAGGGCCACGUGCUGAGCAGACCCGAGGAG